GCCUGGCAGGGAGCUCCUGGAACAGAACCAGAAGAGAACAGAGAGUGACAGAGUCACAGAGCCUUCUCGGCCGCCCGGACAAAAGACACAAACGCUCGACAGCUUCACAGAGGACUGGCUGAUCAGGCAAUUGGGUCAGUAUCUCACCUCGUGUUGGUAUUUGAGGCUCGGGAUGGAUGCCACUCCAGCCUUCGGACUGCAGCCUCCUUCUCUUCUGUCAGCCAUUCGUUUUUUUCCUCGUCUUCGGCGGGAGUGGUUGGUGGGGGGCUCACGAUCGGGGCUGUCCCACCGAAUCGAGGUGCAGCGAGCUGAGCAAGAUGUACCGUUCCACCUCUUGGCAGUCUGGACUAGCGCCACCUUGAUUGUCGACAAUCACCAGUUCGCAAAUGGGAGGUGUUGACGCGGCAGGCGAGAGACACUGCCAGAGAGGCUGCAGUUUCACCGCAUGCCUUCUUCUCUUCAUGAGCCGCUGCCAAGAGCGUACACACGUGUCCCCAAAACAGGUGGGAAAUCCGGCCGUCUGUCAUCCAGAGUACGACAUGUUUCAACUUCGGAUACUGGGCUAGCCAAGGCGGUAACGGACACAAAAGUUGGUUAAUAACUGCGCUAAAUACACUAUACCCUAACUGUGGAUCUCUGGAAAGUCGUCAACGUCAUUGAUAAAGACUGUAGUAUCCCGACGUGGUGUUCGCCCAGCCGCCAUGGACACGAGAAUUAUUUUAUGCGAGCUUUUUCCGGUACCAUAGGCCCUCCGCUAUCGUCAGAGUCAACAUCGAUUGUGCUUGGAAACAAAUACCAGUAAUGAUGAGUCUUUUGCCGCCGUGUUGAUAUUGACGAGAUGAGAUCAAAUGUUGCGAUCUUUUUUAGUGUCAGGCUCUCAUCUCGUAUUCAUCUAAAAACAGAGCAUUAUCCACCAUCCAAGCAAAGCCUAGAGGAGAACUUGCCAGUGCUUGAAGAAGCACAGAUACCAGCCGAGAGAGAGCCCUGCCUGUGGUUUCAAAUGUCUGAAACACAAUUUUUUAUCUCAUCAAACACUGUCUUCAGUCAGAGCGCAAUGUCUUGAAUCGAAUGUCGUUGAAAGCCCUCCACACACAGCCACAAGCCACCCCUGAGCCACAUCGCGCGUCAAAUUCCCUUGAAGCUAUGACCACCUCCGUCCCGUCAUCAGUGGCUUGACGGCCCGCCGGGAUCCAGGGAGUAAUUGCAUCGUGCGUUCAAGGGGACGGACAGGACACCUCUUAGCUACUUUCGGGCAUGUGAUAACCGCCUGACAACGUUCCAGCGUCAACGUCAACGGCGCCAGCAGACUAACCAAGUGGCCAAACAUGUCAGCGACAGUUUUUAACACUGUGGACAAUAUCUAAUCCAGCUUCGGAACCUGUCUAGCUCUUGCAAAACCCCCAUGUUGCGCCAGAUCGCUCUUCGAGAUUGGCCAUGCCUGAGCAGUUGCAACCCCCACCAAACCAAACCGCCGCUGAAAAUGCGGACGACGAUCUCGACACCUUGAGGGUCCUCUCUCGGUCCCCUCAUCCUUACCACCGUCAGAGCUUCGAGCUAUUAGAACCGUCAGAUUGCCUGAUUCCGAGCCACGAGCCGUUUCCCUCCCUUGGCAAGGACUCAACACCACCGAGCGACAGCGGGACCGAAGCCGACGAUGAACAUUUCCUCAAGGGUCUGCCCGCACCAAAAGUAAGGCUACAUAAAGGCCUUCGCGGAAAGAAUGAACCACUUUCCGGAACAUCCACGCCCUGGCUCUCGCCGGCAGUUCUGGAGGAGGAGGGCAGGAUGACGGCGUUGGGUAUAAACCAUGGCGAAAAGAGGGUCGCCGCAGAAAGAGUGCGCCGGCGCAAGGAAGUAACACGAAGAAUAGCUGAAGUGUUGUUGCUUGGCUUCCAAGGGGGCAUCGUGGUUUUGAACCCAGACGCUCAACCUUAUGUCAGGAUAUACGGCAAGAAAGUUCUUGCUGUAAUAGCGAUGCUGCUUGGAUUAGCUGCUUUGUAUCCGCUGAGACUGGCCCUAUGGGCUUACCGUCGUGGCACGCCGUCCAAGGCUUUGCCGAUUCGUGUUCCGGCAGCGUUCGAUCCAGCACCACUUCUCUAUCCAUUCAUUACGCCAGUUCUAAUAUCCUUUUUGGUGGCACAAAAUGUGAAGGGUGUCGUAUUGCCAAAUUUGGUUCUCGGCAUAGCAGCAUUGCCCAGGGCUCUGUUCCCGGGUUCGCGGUAUUGGGAGAGCCUCAGCUCGAGUCACUGGCUGUUCUCGUGCGCUCCGCUGUUUCUGGACAGACUCAUGGCAACAACCCCAGGAUCCCAGCAGGGAGAGAUGUCAGCUGAAGUGUUGGUCCUGCUGUAUCCAUUACACCAGACUUUGUGUCUUAUCUUGCACCAUCUUACCACGACCAGUCUUUUGGCAGCCGAGCUCCAACUGCUGUCGGUGGCACUCAUAAACCUACUACUGCUAGCAACCUCUCCCCAGGCAGUUAUUUUGCAGGCUGUUUUAUGGGGAGGCGGUAUUGGUCUCAUGGUUCUUAGCGGUCAGGUCAUUCAAUGGGGGAUCUCUCUGGCCCGUGUGCCAAAGUGGCGGUUCAAGAGGAGCGAGAUACCGUCGAAAGGGGGCUUUGGAUUCGGGCAGCUAAAACGGAUGCUGUCAUCACCAAACGCCCGCCGGCAGCGAUCGUCUACAGGGGAGUUCACGAACACGUUCUCCGACUCGGCUCAGUCUACAAAUCGAGAGCUUACCACCAAGCCCACCACCCUCCGGGCAGACAGCUUCAGCGAAAACGAAGUCGUGCCCCCCCCAACCCCUGACGCUCCAUCCAGUGCUGUUAAGCUCAGCUUUGCCAAGCCAUCUGCUAGCCAAAGCGUACCUCGGAGGCACACUCUCCCUUCCACGGGAAAGCCCGGCCCACGCUCAAAAAGCAGCACACCGUCCGGCCGCCGCAAACGUUCUGCGUCCUCGAGCGUGCGCGCCUUCUUUUCUCUCACCCAUAAGCAAGCCACCCUACGCAAGUGGAUGUACUCGAGCUACGUCCUCACGAGCAUCAUCCUCAUCAUCUUCCUCGGCAUCCGGACCUACGUCCAGUACUACGCCCUAGACGGCAACGAACCGAUAGGCUGGGCGUUGGGUUAUCUCUUUGGCGGGCUCUCACAGUUCCGCUUCCAGGUGGUGCAGCACGACCUAGAAAAAUGGAUCUGCCUCCCUUUUCGUCUCGAGUCUUCUGACGUCCAAUGCUCCUCGGGCUGGAUCCAACACCUCCGCCAGUUUUCGUUUGGAGAAGCCAACACGAGACUUGUUCUCUCCGGCUACUGGCUGACGAUCAUUGCGUUUGGCCUCGCCAUAGUCUUUAGUCUAUCACCAGUCUGCGAGGUGGACACGAGAAGAAAGGUGUUUCACUUUAUGAUGGUGGCUAUGUUCUUGCCUACGAUUUACAUCGACCCUACGUACAUCGCUUUGGCGUUGUCACUCAUGCUAGCGAUAUUUCUACUUCUGGACCUGAUCAGAGCGAGUCAGCUGCCGCCUUUGUCGGGACCGAUUGCGAAAUUCCUCACUCCGUAUGUGGAUGGGAGGGAUUUGAGGGGGCCGGUGGUGAUUAGCCAUAUUUUUUUGCUGAUUGGCUGUGCUAUUCCGUUGUGGCUGUCGCUUGCUGGUCUUGGGAGGGAGGGGGAGGGGUAUGUUAGGGGGUGGGAGGUGAGGGAAAGGGAAUUGGCGAUGGUGAGCGGCGUUGUGUGUGUUGGGUUGGGAGAUGCGGCUGCUAGUUUGAUUGGGAGGAGGUGGGGGCAUAGGAAGUGGCUUUGGGGAGGGGGGAAGAGUAUUGAGGGGAGUGUGGCGUUUGCGGGGGCGGUGUUUUUGGGGUUGGGGGUUGGAGGGGGGUGGUUGAGGUUGGGGGGGUGGGAGACUGUGACGACUGGAGGAAAAGGAGGAGGUGGUGGUGGUGGUGGAGGGCAUGAGAGUUUGAUGGGGGUGUUGGAUGUUGGGAGGUUGUAUAGGGAGUGGGGGAGGGAGAAGGCGCCGAGGAUGGGGGUUUGUUCGGUACUGGCGAGCUUGACGGAGGCGGUGUUGACGGGGGGGAAUGAUAAUGUUGUUGUGCCGGUUGUGCUUUGGGGGUGUGUGAGGGGGUUGGGGAUAUGA